CUAAACUCUACGACCCGCCCAGGCUGCACCGUGACGUCACGAAAGGACAAAUUGAUUUGCCGCGAGGUCAUUCGGCCUCUCCGAGCAGCCGGCUACAGCUAAGCGGAGGCGCCAUCUUGAGAUAAAAUCGGACUCCGCCAGCAGGCAGGACACCACCAUGUACCCGACCUCAUUGACGCAGCUGGCCCGGGCUAACCCGUUCAGCGCCCCCUUGUUCCAGCUCCAGAAAGUGGAAGAACCCCAGCAGAGCCUUCAUGGACAGAGGACCCGCAGACUGGCAGCAGCCGCCGUCGCAGAAGAGGGUGACAGUUGCGAGUUCGGCUCUCAGAAGUAUUUCGUCCUGUGUGGCUUUGGUGGGAUUCUGAGCUGUGGCACCACACACACAGCUGUCGUUCCCCUUGAUCUGGUCAAAUGCAGAAUGCAGGUGAACCCAGAUAAAUACAAAAGCAUUGGCAACGGCUUUGCAGUGACAGUGAGGGAAGAUGGUGUCAGAGGUUUGGCAAAGGGCUGGGCCCCCACCUUCAUUGGCUACUCCAUGCAGGGACUGUGCAAGUUUGGCUUCUACGAAGUGUUUAAGAUCCUCUACAGUGACAUGCUGGGAGAGGAGAACACCUACCUGUGGAGGACAUCACUGUACCUGGCUGCCUCAGCCAGCGCAGAGUUCUUUGCCGACAUCGCUCUGGCUCCCAUGGAGGCUGUCAAAGUUCGUAUCCAGACCCAGCCGGGCUACGCCAACACCCUCAGGCAGUGUGUUCCCAAGAUGUUCGCAGAGGAAGGGCUCUGGGCUUUCUAUAAGGGUGUGGUGCCCCUGUGGAUGAGACAGAUCCCCUACACCAUGAUGAAGUUUGCCUGCUUCGAACGCACCGUGGAGCUGCUCUACAAGUAUGUUGUUCCCAAGCCCCGCAGCGAGUGCAGCAAACCCGAGCAGCUGGUUGUCACCUUUGUGGCAGGUUACAUUGCUGGUGUGUUCUGUGCCAUCGUGUCUCACCCUGCUGACUCUGUGGUGUCUGUGCUGAACAAGGAGAAGGGCAGCACUGCUUUCGGGGUCCUCAAGAAGCUGGGACCCAAAGGAGUGUGGAAGGGUCUGGUGGCCCGUAUCAUCAUGAUCGGUACUCUGACCGCCCUGCAGUGGUUCAUCUACGACUCCGUCAAGGUCUACUUCCGCCUGCCCCGCCCCCCUCCCCCUGAGAUGCCAGAGUCCCUGAAGAAGAAGCUUGGCCUCACAGAGUAAAAAAAAAAAAAAAACCACGGGCCGUCCCUUCCAUCCCUCCCUCCCCCCCGAGCCGCAGUCUCCAGACAACACAUCUGAACCACCACCCUCCCAAAAAAAAAAAUUCCACAGCGCGCACAGCAGUUUUCUAUAUUUAUGUCCUGGGCUCAUCAUGCUGCUCUGCACAGAGCACAGAGCUGCUACUACUCAUGUAUAUUUAAAAACAGAAAACAAAAUGAGCAAGGAGAAGAAGAUGGAGCUGUCGCUCUUGGCUUACCAAGAGUCCGACAGGAAAUAUUCCUCUGUAGAAACACCUGUCUGGUUUUAUCAGUUCCUGUCAUUAGAAAAUAUGGAUGUUCUAAUAAAAGAAUUAAAUUCC